AAAAGUUCACACUCCAUGCUAUUAUUGCUAUCUAUAAAUAUAGCAGUCAUCAAGUUGCUCUGUAUCAUAAAAAAAGAACACAACUAGACCAUUUUAUAAUACACAAGUUGCACAAAUGGCUGAUCAUCAAUUCAAUCCAGACAUACAAAAUUUUACUAACUCACCAUUUUCUUUAUUAAACUUCGAUUCGAAUAUCAAUUUCAUGAACCAGUUUCCAGAAAUGACAAUUCCUUGUUCCUCAGAUAUGUCAAGUUUCAAUAUACAAAGCUCAUUGGAAUUUUCCCAUGAAAAUAUUUUUACUCAAGUAGCUGAAUUUCCAGGAAGUUUACAAGAAAUUUUUCAAGGAAUUAAUGAAAGCAAAAAGAGGAAAACUAGUGAAAACCCAGAAAGUAGUUCAGCUUAUUCAUCCCCUGCAGUUUCUGCCACUGGAAAUAAAAGGAGAAGCAAUAAAGGAAGAGGAAAGAGAGUGAAAAGUGAUGAGAAACCAGGAGAUGUGGUCCAUGUUAGAGCCAAAAGAGGCCAUGCAACUGAUAGUCACAGCUUAGCAGAAAGGGUUAGAAGAGGAAAAAUCAAUGAAAGACUGAGGUGCUUGCAAGAUAUUGUUCCAGGGUGCUAUAAGACAAUGGGCAUGGCGGGAAUGUUGGAUGAAAUUAUUAAUUACGUGCAAUCCUUGCAAAAUCAAGUGGAGUUCCUCUCCAUGAAACUUACUGCAGCAAGUUCAUGCUACGAUUUCAACUCAGAAUCAAACAUUCUCGUGUCACUACAGAGAGCAAAGGCAUAUGAAGCACAACAAAUGCAAAAGAUGCAGAAAGAAAUUGGAUGUGAAGGGUUGUCUUCAAAUCAAGCUGGCCCUUGUGACCAUAAUUUUGGAAGUUAUCCCAUGUUGCCAUACAACACCUGAAGAUUCUCCCCAAUUUUCCCUUUUUUCUGAUUAAAUUUUUAAUCAAGCUUUUUCCCACUUGGUGCUAUACAUUUGUAAUCUUUGUACACAUUGAACAUUGAGAAAUUUAUAUAUUAAUAUACUUAUAUCAAGCUCACUCAGCUUUUAUGUGGGUACUUAACCAAAA